AGUGUAUCUUUGAUAAAAAUGGCAUUCAAGUUUGUGACCUUCCUCGCUUUGGUGGCUGUUGCUCGUGCUGGUGUCAUUUCAAGCCCAGCCCUGUCCUACGCCGCUGCCCCAGCGCUGUCCUAUGCUGCUCCAGCACAACUGGCUUACUCUGCUCCAAUUGCUAAGACCAUCUCUUAUGCUGCCCCAGUAACCAAGACCUUGAUUGCCGCACCAAUCGCCAAGACCAUCGUUGCCGAUGAGUACGAUCCAAACCCACAGUACUCGUUCUCCUAUGGCGUUUCCGAUGGCCUGACCGGUGACCAGAAGUCCCAGCAGGAAAGCCGCAACGGAGAUGUCGUCCAGGGCUCGUACUCUCUCGUGGACGCUGACGGUCUGAAGCGCACCGUUGACUACACAGCCGAUCCACAUAACGGAUUCAACGCACAGGUUCGUCGUGAGCCACUCGCAGUGAAAGCUCUUGUAGCCCAGCCUGCUUUAGCCACCAAGACCAUUUUGGCUCCUCAACCAGCUCUGGCCACCUAUGCCGCCCCAUUGGCAUCGAAGACCAUCAUUGCUCAACCCGCCCUGGCCACCAGGACCCUGAUUUCGCAGCCUGCCUUCGCUUCCUACUCCGCACCGUUGGCCACUAAGACCAUCCUGGCUCAGCCCGCAUUAGCCGCUGCCCCUCUGGCCACCAGAACCAUUAUUUCGCAGCCUGCCAUCGCCUCUUACUCUGCGCCAUUGGCCGGCAAAGCCUAUCUGGCCCAGCCAGCAUAUUCCCAGUGGCAAUAA